UCUGUUCCCUUUCUCUUUCGCCUUUUCUUUCUUCCCUUCAAAACAUCUUCUCCCUCCUGAGUUCUUCCUCUGUCACCAAACCCACCAUAACCCAAAACAAGAAAACAAAAAGAACAAAGAUUUCGUUCUUUGUUUGAUUUCCAGACAAUCUGGGAUUCGACAUAAGACAGGAUUUAUGUAAAAAAAACAGUCCUGUCUUUUUUUUCUGGGUAAUUUUGGUUCGAAUCGCGAAAAGGGUCAUUCUCGUUCUCGUUCCUUUUUUGUGUAGCCGUAGGUUCUGCAGAAACCACGAGCUACAUACAUUGCUGCAAGAAAAUUUGUCUGCCACUCGCAUUUCCUCUUGCGUGUCUCCCAAGAAAAUCCCUGACAACGCAUUCCGAUCUUGGGUUCUUGUUCUUCGUCUUCCUCCACUGUUUCGCCGGAAUAAGUUCUGAGAACUCGUUAGAGAUGGAUCAGGUUUAUUCCGGGUCGGUGUACAGAGACGGCAUUACUGCGCAGGUCUCGAUGCUUUGGGAUCAGAUGAGGACUCCAUUGGUCGCUCCAUUGCUGAGACUCGCGGUUUAUGUGUGUUUGGCGAUGUCUGUGAUGCUCUUCGUCGAGAGGGUUUACAUGGGAAUCGUCAUAUCUCUCCUGAAGCUCUUCGGCCGUAAACCAGAGAAGCGUUACAAAUGGGAGCCGAUGAAGGACGACAUCGAGCUCGGAGACUCGGCUUAUCCUGUGGUUCUUGUCCAAAUCCCAAUGUAUAAUGAACGAGAGGUUUAUCAGCUCUCGAUCGGUGCUGCUUGCGGGCUCUCAUGGCCGUCCGAUCGGAUCAUCAUUCAAGUUCUCGACGAUUCCACUGAUCCAACAAUCAAAGAUCUGGUGGAGAUGGAGUGUCAGAGAUGGGCAAGCAAAGGGGUGAACAUAAAGUACGAGGUGAGGGACAACAGGAAAGGGUACAAGGCAGGGGCUUUGAAGGAAGGGAUGAAGAAGAGCUACGUAAAGAGCUGCGAUUACGUCGCGAUCUUCGACGCAGAUUUCCAACCAGAACCCGAUUUCCUGUGGAGAACCAUACCUUUCCUCGUCCACAACCCCAGUCUCGCCCUCGUUCAAGCUCGUUGGAAGUUCGUGAAUUCGGACGAAUGCUUGAUGACACGAAUGCAAGAGAUAUCUUUGGAUUACCAUUUCACAGUCGAGCAAGAAGUUGGAUCAUCUACUUAUGCAUUCUUUGGAUUCAACGGGACUGCGGGGGUAUGGAGAAUAUCAGCACUAAACGAAGCAGGAGGGUGGAAGGACAGAACAACAGUGGAAGACAUGGACUUGGCUGUUCGAGCAAGCCUCAAGGGGUGGAAGUUCUUGUACCUUGGCUCUUUAAAGGUAAAGAAUGAGUUGCCAAGCACGUUUAAGGCGUAUAGGUACCAACAGCACAGGUGGUCUUGUGGGCCUGCCAAUCUAUUCAGGAAAAUGCUCUUCGAAAUUAUCACCAACAAGAAUGUGAGUGUAUGGAAGAAAGUGCAUGUGAUAUACAGUUUCUUCGUGGUGAGAAAGAUAGUGGCACACAUAGUGACGUUUAUAUUCUACUGCGUGGUAUUGCCGGCGACGGUUCUGGUGCCGGAGGUCACCGUUCCCAAAUGGGGAGCUGUAUAUAUUCCUUCCAUCAUCACCCUCCUCAACGCCAUCGGCACUCCCAGGUCGCUGCAUCUCCUGGUGUUCUGGAUCAUGUUCGAGAACGUCAUGUCUCUGCACAGAACCAAGGCGACGUUCAUUGGAUUACUCGAAGCCGGCAGAGUUAACGAGUGGAUCGUCACCGAGAAACUCGGAGACGCCCUUAAAUCCAAAGUCAAGUCUCCUCAUCCUAAGAAACCUCGCUUCAGAUUCGGGGAAAGGAUCCAUGUACUGGAAGUUGGGGUGGGGAUGUAUCUGUUCAUUGUGGGAUGCUGUGAUGUGAUGUUAGGGAAGAACCGCUACUAUCUCUACUUAUUCGGACAAUCCUUUGCUUUCUUCGUCAUGGGCUUUGGCCUUGUCGGAACCUUCGUCCCUCACAGUUGAUGGCAAAUGCAGGAGUUUUAAAAAGAAUGAAAUGAUGCUCCAUCAUACGAUACUUUCUUUCCUCUUUUUGUUGAUUUCUCGUUUUGAAUUUUUUUUUUUUGGUGUGUGUGUGAAUAGAGAGGAUGUGAUAUGUUACAUGUGGAUGAAAGGGUAUAACAGGAAAGAGGAGAGAAUUUUUGAAGGGAGUUGAAUUAGAACCCUCUGACUGACUCAGAGGGUUUUACAUUGCUAGAUACGAGUAACGAAGAACACAUUUCUGUUGGGUUUGGUUUGAUUUUUUUUUUAAUCAA